GGGAAGGAGCCUCGGCCCGUGGUCGCAGUUGAUGAAGGUUUCACGAAGCACAAACCAAAACACAGAACAGCAUCGAAUCCAGUGACUGCGUCGUUUUACUUUGACAGCAAUGAUGACAUUGAGGACGUGUCUCUCUUUGAUGCAGAUGAUGAUGUAUCCAGGAGAUCAAAGAAGUCAAAGAUCAGGCACCCAGUGGCAUCAUUUUUCCACUUAUUCUUCCGAGUCAGUGCCAUAAUUGUCUAUCUGCUCUGUGAGCUCUUAACCAGCAGCUUUAUUGCCUGCAUGGUGACCAUUAUCCUCCUCCUCUCCUGUGACUUUUGGGCUGUAAAGAAUGUCACAGGGAGACUGAUGGUUGGUCUUCGCUGGUGGAACCAGGUGGAUGAUGAUGGGAGGAGUCACUGGGUAUUUGAAGCCAGAAAGGUAUCACCACAAGGGAGUAAAACCUCAUCAGAAGCAGAGUCCCGAAUUUUCUGGUUAGGUCUGAUUACCUGCCCCAUGAUCUGGGUGAUAUUUGCUUUCAGUGCUCUCUUUUCUUUCAAAGUGAAGUGGCUGGCAGUGGUGGGGAUGGGAGUGGUGCUGCAGGGAGCCAACCUCUAUGGCUACAUCAGGUGUAAAGUUGGCAGUCGGAAGAACUUGACCAGCAUGGCCACCAGCUACCUGGGGAAGCAGUUCCUGCGGCAGACUGUGGCUAAAGAGGAACAGACAGCAUCCUGAGUGUGGUGAAGGCCUCAGGCCAGACUGGAUUCACAGUAGUGGACAACAGACAAUGUUACUCUGACCAUGAGCUUGAGAGCUGCAUUUGUGAGGUGUGAUUUAAUUAAAAGACGUAAAUAAAUUGUGGAAGACUUCAGGUUAACACUCCUAGCAAGUUCUAUUCAGUUUUCCACUAGCAGUUUGUGUUUAAAUCCUUUCUUUAGUAUGAUUAUUUACAAUUAAUUUGCCUAAACUUUAAAUUAAAAAAUAUCCUAGGUGGCUCUCAUACAGAUUUAGAACUACUGGAUGAAUUAAGAUUGUUGGAUAUCCUUCUUCAGAAAAAACAUGCCCAAGCCAAGCCUUCUGUUACCCAAGAAGUCCCCCAGCUCCUCCAGGGGUUGGUGCCCCUAGAUAGUUUAAGUUGUGGAUGUUUCUGUGUUUUGUUUUUGGAGGUUAUUGCUGCUUCUGUUAAGGAGUUUAGAUAGUGUUCUUGUGCUGCCAUCGCUCUCCUGGUGUGAGCACUGGGGUGGCUGCAGUGAGGGACACCUGAGGGAAGUUUUGCUCUUGGCUUAGUGGGAAGAUGACUGAAGUCUUGUGGAAACUGCAGAAGGGGACUUGGAGCAGCUCUGGGCUUUUAUUUAUCUGAAACAUUCUUGGAGGUCCUGGUAACAUCUUAAACCCCAGGAUUUAUGGGAGGACCCUCUUGUACCUGUGGGUCUGCAUCAGAGUGAAACAGUGUGUGGGGAAGGUUGCAGGCACAGAGAAUCAGAGAAUUGUUGGACUGUUGCUGUUCAAGUGAUGCCAGGAGGACAGGGGCUGGUGUGAUCUGUAGGUUGCUCACCAGCCCCUGAACACAAGGUCACAGGGACUGGGACAGAGAGGCUUUUACCUUCAGUCCAGUGUGCUGUCCUUGAGCUGUGCUCCCCUCAGAGUCCCUGGGCUGUAAAAGCCUUUUGUGGGAUGGUGGGUUGUUGGCUUGCAGUGUCCACUUGGAUGGCAGAAAGUGUUGUGUUUGGUGUGGAAAGCUGUGAGAGGGGUCAGUUUCUUCUUGUCAUCCAGCUGUUCAAGACAGGUUGUGCUCUCACAGUGGUGGAUAUUGUAAACUGGCUGAGGUAUUUUGAAUUAAAAAUGUGUUUCCUUUUUGAUUAAUGGGUAUUUUAAAUUGUGGGGUUGUGGUAACAUGAUUUCUCUCCCUGUACUGUAGCAAUACUUGGGAGCUGUACAUUUGUUUAACUCUUUGGAUUGACACCUUCCUUUUGUAAAUAUAUAUUUAUAAAAUCUUGAAAUUAAAGCAAUGCUUUGUUUAACCAGC